AUGAUUAAGCAUUUGGAUUUAUCAAGUUUCUCAACAUUUGGUCUACAAAAGAGUCACUCUGAAACUCAGAAAUCUGUCACUCCGCAAGCAUUGAUCAAUAUUUUGAGAGCAACUCCAAUGCUCGAGGUGUUCUCGAUUUCGGAAUCCUUGGAAUCGGCAAUCACCAUCGAUGUCUUAAAGACAUUGGUAUUCGAGUGUAAGAAUCUUAAAGCGCUCGAUUUCUGUGGAUGUUCGAGCAAACAAUUCAACGAAGCAAUGAAAGAUCUCGCUAAAUUACUUGGUCGUGUUCAAAUCGUCCAAUUUCAAUCUUCUGCUGAUUCCGAUCUCGAAUACGGGUUCCAACGAUUGAAACCUGUUCUCCCACAUAUUAAACGUUUAUCACUUCAUGAAUGCUUGACUCUCUCAGAACACGAAACAGUUCUUCCAUUGCUCGCCCAUAUGCCAAAUAUUACCCAUUUGGAUUUAGGUGGCUGCUCAAUUUCCGACUUAACACUUCUAUUCCUGGAGACAGAAACAAACGCAAGCAACACACUCUUGGAACUUUCGCUGGCUAAAUGUAAAAAUAUUACCUCGGACGGUAUUGCACAAUUCGUGAGUCAAUGCAACCGAUUGGAAAAUCUGAAUUUAUACGGAGAUGCAAUGAUCUCCGAAUGGGACCUCGUCACAAUUCUAAGUUCUCCUUUUGUCAAAAGUCUACGCUCUCUAGACAUCGGCUUUUCACAUAUCACUCAACGUGUACUCAAUGCGAUAAAAGAGUGUUGUUCUUCCCUUAAGAAUCUUGGUCUCGCCAACGCAGAGAUCGCAACUCCAGCAAAUCUUUCGACUUUUCUCACCUCAAUGCCACAAUUACAAUACAUUGAUCUUAGUAACCUCCCAUGUCUAGAACCGUUGAACACAAAUGGACUGAUCUCCAAACUACAAAAAAUUCCGAACAAUCAAUUGCACACGAUUGAGAUGAGUAAAUCAUUGCUAAAGAAAAUACAAGCGGUUAAAGGUUGGAAAAUUGAUCAGAAUUAUGGUCGUCGCUGGUAUUAUGCCAAAGAGACUCGGGUUGGAAUUCCUCAGGCUGAUCGAGUGCACAGUCGAAAAUUGGAUGUGGCUGGGACUGGCGAGCACGCAAUGAGCAAAAUCUAUCAAUAUUACAGCUUUGGCGUUUAG